AUGAACUUUUCUAAGAGUCAGUACCUACGUACGACGACAUACAUAUGGAUUAGUUUGGAGAUCAAACAACUAUUCAUGCCACUUGGUGAUUCGGCUACACGUGAGAGCGACGGAAUGUCGCGAGAAUCACAAAAACAUUCCCGCUAUUUCACUACAGUGGAAAUGUGGAAGCGAUCGAUCCGUAUCGGAAUGUCGUACGACCUCGACGGCACAAGAUUUGCGACGUUCUUUCCAGUAAGAUCGCGUUCGUAUCCAAAUUUAUCAGCUAGACGGGGCGUGCUGAAGCACUGCACUCCUCAUCCACAUCCCGCUGUGACCUCGCCUCGCGGGAUUGCGGACCAGCGUUAA